GCUUGCACCAUGACUGUCUUCGGUCCUGACGAGCAGAUGCGGCUGCGGCUCUUCAUGGCCAACUGCGGGGAUUCACGUGCGGUGCUGUGCACCGGUGGUGGCACGGCGGUGCGUCUGACUGAGGACCACAAGCCCAACUUGCCGGCAGAGAAGAAGCGAAUCGAGGCUGCCGAUGGCGGCGUGGUGGAAGUCGCGGGAAUUUGGCGGGCAGUGCUUCCCCAGAAGAAGCGCAUCCUCAGCAAGAUCGCCGGCCUCGCUGUGUCGCGGAGUUUUGGCGACAAGGACUUCAAAGGCCCCGACAUCGUGAGCGCCGAGCCGGAGAUCACCGUACACGAGGCUGACCACGAGCGUCGCAAGCGCCAGCGCUUUUUGCAGGUAGAUUGGGAUGCCGACGAGUUUGUCAUCCUGGCCACGGAUGGCAUCUGGGAUGUCCUGUCCGACAAAGACUCCGUGGGCCUCGUCCGACAAAUCCUCCAGGAGGGCCUGUCGGAAACGAAAGCCGCCGAGGCCCUUGUCAAGCGGGCAAGGGAGAAGGAGAGUCAGGACGACUGUACAGCUUUGGUCGUUCGCUUUGCUUGGAAUUCGGCCAGUGCCGGUGCGAAAGCGCCAGCCGCCCCGGGCGAGGAGACGGAAGUGGGGAUGGGUGCAGACGAACCCAUGGAGGUGGGCGAAGAAGGCGAGGAGGAGCCCAUGGAAGAUGACGAAGGUGAGGAGGAGGCCUUUGCUGCCAUGGCAGCGGCCAUGGCUGCGCAACCUGGGGCAGUGCAGGGCCCGGGCGGCGAAGCAGAGGAAGACGCAGCUCCGGCACCCGAGGGCUCAUCGGCAGCGCAGCCACCGAAGGCGGAAACUAAGGACAUCUUCUCCCAAGCAGCAGAUGGCGAGGCCGAGGAAAUGGACGAGGAGGCGGCCGGCCUCAAGCGAUGGGACAAAGGUCAGCCUUCCGAUACCCCCUUGGCCUCGGAGCUCUUCGAGGGUCUUGGUCCAACCCGGGAGGAGCUUCAUGAGCAGGGUGCCGCCCCUAUCGGUCCAGCUCUUCUUGGAGGCUUGUUGAAAGAUGUCCGCGACGACAAAGAGAAAGAGGCUACUGAGGAGCCGCAGAAGGAAGCCGUGGACGCCGACAUGGAUAUGUUUGGGUAG